AUGAUAGCAAGCCCUAGAAGGGAUACAGCAAAGAAAUGGAGCGUAUAUUUGAUGGAGACUGGUGAAUCUGCAGCUAAUGUUGUGGACAGAUUGGGGUCUCCUUUUGGUCGAUUAGAAACUUACAAGAAGUUAGACGCAUUAGGAGAAGGUUCUUAUGCAACUGUCGCUAAAGGAAUUAGCACGGCAAAUGGUCACUUUGUAGCUUUAAAAGAAAUACGUCUAAAUUCUGAAGAGGGGACUCCAUUCACUGCUAUCAGAGAAGCUUCCUUAUUGAAAGGUCUUAAACAUUCAAAUAUGGUGACAUUACAUGAUAUUAUUCACACUCCUAACAAUCUAACUUUUGUCUUUGAAUAUGAGGAUACUGAUCUUAGUCGUUUCAUGGAGAAACAUCCUGGUCCUUUGGACCCUAGGAAUGUAAGAUAUUACUGGUUACAAACUACUGCGUGGAUUACAUUUUGUCAUCGAAGGAAAAUACUCCACAGAGAUCUCAAACCACAGAAUAUACUUUUAAAUCAUAAUGGAGAACUAAAAUUAGCCACUUUGGAUUUUAGCUCAGUGCUAAAUCUGUACAAAAAAACCUACUCUCAUGAAGUUGUAACGCUGUGGUAUCGUCCACCUGAUGUAAUCAUGGGCUCAACUGAGUACUCUACGUUCAUUAGAUAUGGGAGUGGGUGUAUCUUUGUGGAAAUGUUACUGGUAAACCUCUCUUCCUGGUUUGAAAGGGUGUAUAUGAUUCUUGGUACACCUAAUGAAAGAACAUGGCCAGGUAUUAAAAGACUUGCUGAAUAUAGACCAGAAAUGUAUGAACAAUGUGAUUAUUUGGGUCUUGAAGUUGUAGCACCUAUGAUACAGCUGCAGCAGUUGCAUUGUCAUCCUCAUGUCCUCGAUAUUCCAUGUCUACUAUUUCAGGUUCCACAAGGUAGUGUAUCCCAAUCCCAAGAUUCCACCACAGCAAUACUAAGAGAUGCUUUCUGUAACUUUGCAGCAUUCCACUUGUCUGAGGAAUCUAGUACAAUGAGAGAGAUAGUUUCAAUAAAAAGUUGA